AUGGCCGGGCCAGGGUUCGGGGGCCACCCCACCGGACCGCUCCUGCUGCUGCUGCCGCUGCUGCUGCUGCUGCCCCCCCAGGCCCUGCCGGAAGGACCCCUGGUGUUCGUGGCUGUGGUGUUCCGCCAUGGUGACCGCGCCCCCCUGGCCUCCUACCCCACGGACCCGCACAAGGACGUGGUGUCCGCCUUGUGGCCCCGCGGCCUGGGCCAGCUGACCAGGGAGGGCGUCCGGCAGCAGCUGGAGCUGGGACGCUUCCUGAGGCGGCGCUACCAGGCCUUCCUGAGCCCUGAGUUCCGGCGGGAGGAGGUGUACGUGCGCAGCACCGACUUCGACCGCACCUUGGAAAGCGCCCAGGCCAACCUGGCCGGACUGUUCCCGGAGGCGGCCCCGGGGAGCGCCGAGGCCGACUGGAGGCCCAUCCCGGUGCACACGGUGCCCGUGGGCGAGGACAAGCUGCUGAGGUUCCCCAUGCGGAGCUGUCCGCGGUACCACGAGCUGCUGCGGGAGUCCACGGAAGCCCCGGACUACCGGGAGGCCCUGGAGGGCUGGACGGACUUCCUGGUGCGCCUGGAGAACUUCACGGGGCUGUCGCUGGUCGGGGAGCCGCUCCGCAGGGCGUGGAAGGUCCUGGACACCCUCAUCUGCCAGCGAGCCCACGGCCUCCAGCUCCCGUCCUGGGCCUCCCCACACGUCCUGCGGACGCUGGCCCAGAUCUCCGCGCUGGACAUCGGCGCCCACGUGGGCCCACCCCGGGCGGCAGAGAAGGCCCAGCUGUCGGGGGGGAUCCUGCUGGACGCCAUCCUGGCCAACUUCUCCCGGGCCCAGCGCCUGGGGCUGCCGCUCAAGAUGGUGAUGUACUCGGCUCACGACAGCACCCUGCUGGCCCUCCAGGGCGCCCUGGGCCUCUACGACGGCCACACCCCGCCCUACGCGGCCUGCCUCGGCUUCGAGUUCCGGAGGCGCCUGCGGGACCCCGGCCAAGACGGAGGGAACGUCACCAUCUCGCUCUUCUACCGCAAUGACUCGGCCCGGGCCCCUCUGUCCCUCAGCCUCCCCGGGUGUCCCGCCUCCUGCCCGCUGGGCCGCUUCCGCCACCUGACCGCCGCGGCCCGGCCCCCCGCGCACGGGAUCCCCUGCUACGGCGUCUAUGUGCCUGCCACCUCCCCAGCCACCACGGUGCCCCUGCUGGCCGGAGCUGUGGCCGUGCUGGCAGCGCUCAGCCUGGGGCUGGGCUUGCUGGCCUGGAGACCGGCCUGCCUGCGGGCCUGGGGAGGGCCCGUGUGAGCCGGGAAGCCGGGGCGCCCCCUCCCCCUAGCUGACGCUGGACCCUAACA